CCCUGCUGAUCAAUCUCUUUGGCGGCAAUCCCAAGAUGGAGGAAAUUUUAGCUGGAAGCACAGCCAUCACCAAACUAGAAAAGAGACUGUUUGAUGGCCUCCCUAAGUUGGAGGCUCUUUACUUAUCGAAUGGUAUAGGUAUACUCGCGGAGAUUGAUGCAGGCACCUUCGACAACAACACCGAAGGUACUAAGUUGGUAUUCUUCCAG